CCGCUUCAGCACCGCCCAAAUCACCUCCGCGUGCUGCCCCGCCCACUGCCUCGGCUCUGAAAUGAUGCUUUCCAAUGUGCAAGAAGAAGAGCAGGAGCAGAGAGAAAUAGCCCAACUGCGUCAGAGGGUAGAUGACCUGGAAAAAGUCCAGCAGCGGCAAAUGGAAGAACUGGGAUGUAGCGAGCAAAAGGGAUGUGUCGAGCAAAAGGGGCAGGACAACGGCCCGCUAUGAGGAUUGUCAACGUUUCCAUCCAUCCAAAGGUGACAUGACCUCCUCGGCCCUCCAGCAGUCUUUUCCGCUUGGGGCUAGCCUGGGGCCCGGCGCGGGGGCGUCUUCAUCCAUGCCCGGUUUGUCCGCCGGGGCCGAGAUGGAGCUUCAGAAGAUGCUCGUCGACGAGAGGACCAAGUGUGAACGUCAUCGAGGGAACUAUGAGACUCUUAAGGCUGAACACACCAGCUUGCAGGAUGAAUUCAUCCAGGUGCAAGAGGAAGUAAGACAUCUGCAGGCUCAACUCGACAGGCUCCAGCUGCAGUUCGCUGAGCGCACUAGAGAAAUUCUGGAAAAAAACGGGGAGCUGGACGAGCUCAGACUUCAGGUGAUGACUCCUCAGCGUCUGGAGUUGCUCAGGGCUCAGGUGCAACAGGAGAUGGAGGGUCCGGUUCGAGAGCGCUUUGCCAGACUCGAAGAGGAGGCCGAGAAGUACAGGUCGGAGUUCAACGAGCUCCGCUACGCUCACACUGUGCUCAAUGCCCAGUUUGAACACCAAAAAGAGGAACACGCACGCGUCAUGGAGGAGCAGAGGCUUCGCUACAAGGCCGAAAUCGCUCAUCUGGACAAAGAUAAGGAGAACCUGAUGGCCCUGUACCAGAACGCAGACUCCCAGAACGACAGGAAACAAAUCGAGGUUCUGCUGAGGGAGAAAACCCAGCUUACCUUGCGCUUGAAGGGUCUCCAGGCAGAGGUGGCGGAAUUGCAGGCUCAGAAGGACCACUCGGAGCAGCAGGCGGAGAACGUCCAGCGGGUUCAGAACAGACAGCUGGUGGAAUCCCAGGCCGCUCUGAAAGCCCUGGAGGCGGAGCGUCAGUCGUUGCGCUCGCGGCUGGAGCGGAUGGAGAGCGAACUCCGGCUGAGCCACGAGCAGAACAGUCAGCUCACUGGAAAACUGCAUAAAACCGAGAAGCGAGUCGACUCCCUCAGCGGACAGAUUGAAAGCCUGACGCAUUCCCACAAGAUGGAGGUGGCCAGCGUCAAACUGGAGUCUACCCGCUCCAAAGGCGAGCUGGAGAGGGAGAGAGACAGUCUGAAAGGGCAACUGGAGGGUCUACAGAUGGACAUGGAGGUGCUCAAGCACGCCGCGGAGAGACACAAGGAAGCUGUUGUCGAAAAAGAAAGGGAGGUGGCAAGGAAGGUGCAAUCAGCCCGCGAUGAGGAAAUCUACAAAUCGGCUGUCUUACACCAGGAAAAGAUGGAGAUGGAGCACCGCCUGGCUGAGUUGGAACAGCAGAUGGCGCUGCAGGACACCAAAGAGCAAGCCCGGAACGAAGAGUGGGAAGAGCAACUCCGCAUGGCCCAAAGAGGAGAAGAGUCUGCGCGCAAAGAACUGCAGAGCCUGAGAACUCGAUUAAAGCAGCAGAGCGUCCAGCUUGAGGAGCUGGAGAGGCUAACAGAAGCGGUUUCAAACUUGAAGCAGAAAAACGAGGAGAUGUCCGCAGAGCUGGGCACGUUGUCGCGGUCAGAAGCUGAGCUGAUGGAUGCAAACUUGCAUCUGAAAGCCAAAGUGGACGGAGUGAGGGAGGAGCUGAGGGGGGCCCGAGCCCAAGCUGAGAGGAGCCAACAUGAGGCAGAGCGGCGGGUGGAGGAGAGUCAAAUCGAGUGGUUGGAGGAGAAACACAAGCUGCAAGAGAGAGAAGCCAAACUGGAUGAGAAAUACUCCCAGCUCAAGGAGAAAAUGAAGAGAGCAGCCGUUGCCCAAAAGAAGAGAAGAACCCAGACGGAGAACAAAGAGAAGAGCCUGCAGAAUAAGAUCCAACUGUUGAAGGCUCAAAUGGAGGAACUGAAAUUGGAAGCCGCAGCAGCCAACAAACGCCCGCUUCACUCCGAGGAGCACGCUCAGCUCCGCAGAAGGAUGCGAGAGCUCCAGCGGCGACACAACGAAUUCCGGCGCCUCCUGCUGGGAGACCAGGGCGCCUUCAGCCUCGGCCCCGCCAUCCUCACCUCCACACAAAACCCAUUCGUCAUCACGGAUGCGGCCACGAACGUACCUGUAAGUAGACGCGUUGACAUGUUUUGCAUAUUGGGACUCAAUAAGAGGUCCGCGUGUGUGUUAAGGAAGAGGAGGAGCGCAGGGAAAUGGUCCUGCUGCGUGAGAGGCUGGAUGAGCUGGAAAGAGCGCAGCAGCAGCAACUUGAAGAACUGGAUGGGUGAACAGCGCCACAACAAUUCUGUACUGUGUUUUCAUUUUAGCUUUUGAAUUCAAGGCACUCAGGUCUAUUUUUUUUACGUUUACACUCAACUCCCUUGAUGUACUUUAAUUUUAUAAUCGCUGUCCGAUGAAGUCGACGUCUGUCACCAUUUGAUCAUUUUAGACCACGUUUGACAAUGCAUGCGAGUCAUUGGCUAGCAAUAUGCUGUAAUAAUCUUAGACAGAAAAAGUGGCCCAUUUUUUUUACAGCACUUGUUUGUAUGUUCUGCCUGGAAAACUUCAGUCCUCAGGUCUCAGAUGUUCAAAGUAUUAUGUAAACCUCAUGGUCACUAAGGUCUGCACUAAAAGUCACCAAACAAACUUGUUCACAUGUUCAAUCUGUCGACAAAGCAAAGUACCACGGGUGUUGUCACAGGUCCAGAUAGGCUGUUAGACUGACCACUUCAACAGAAAUGACUCCCAGUUCUUCCAGUUACUUCCUCAUACAACAGCCAAUCAUAUUGCAGCGAGGCGUGUCCUGCUCUGAAUCGUGGGACGUCUCGCAGAUUGGAUUAGGCGGGGCGGGACACGAUGUCGCCCUCUCCUGGUCGGAAUGAGAAAUGCUGUCAUUGAUAGCUUCCGGGAAUCAACACAAAAUACAGUACCGGUACUGGA